AUGUAUGGGGAAGACGCGGCAAAGGUGGCGAAGGUAUUGGAAACUGUUGUGGAGAAUCAGGACCCGGAGUGGAAGGAGAUACAGGUGGUCUUGAAUAUGUUGUUGAGAGAUGAGGAGCAGAGGCUGUUGCGGUUGAGGCUGGGGAAGAAGCAGAAAGGGUUCACGCUCAGGAUGCACAGGCAGGAAGGCUGGAGGGUCAUUCUUGCCACCACCGAUCUGAAUCGGCACCUGAGCACUCUGUGCCCAUGUGUGGCUUCCCAGUCCAGCCCUGAGCGUUCUGAGGACAGAGGCAGUGCAACGGGAGCCGUCCCUGCGGCUGUCACCACCUUUGCGGCUGCCGGGACUUCUCUGCUAAAGCAGCUGCAAGACAAUGAGGGUGAGCGAGUGGAGACAUACCGGGAGCUGGAGAGUGUCUUGCAGGGAGGCGACGGCUGUUUGACGAGCGGUGUUGUGAACCGCCUGAUAGCAGAGGCGUCCAGUGACAUGCGAGCAGCCCAGGGUGUGGCAGGUGACGUGAAGAUGGCUGCUAGUGAUGUCCUGGUGGCUCUGGCCCGCUCCCACUUCCACUUUGUCAUGUCCGAGCUCCAGAGCCACCUGAAGGCCAUGGGGAAGGUCCCUGAUGAGAUUGUGCUCCUCACCUUGGGCAAAAUGGCCCACAGCUACGCCCUGCAGUGCAUCCCCUUUGUGGGAAUGACGCUGCUCGCCCUGCGCGCCGUGCUGAGCCGGGUGGGGAGCGGCCGGAUCCUGUGCGCCGUCUGCAGUGUUCUGGAGCAAUGGUCGAAAGGAGUCAAUACGUACUUUGGCAAGCGGGAGCAAUGCUCCUUCCCUCGCAAAGGGGCAGCGGCACGGUUCUCUGAAGCCAUUUACCCGGUCUUCUGCUAUGUGGUGGAAAAUUGGCUGGACUGCAGGGAGGAAGAGGCCAAGCAGGCUGUCCUCGGGGCGGUGGCUGCCAUGAUGAGUGUCCUUCUGCAUGAGGAGCAGCACCGAGAGCAUGCCUGGGAGCAGCUCCUCUGGCUCCUGCACCAAUAUCGGGAGGUCCGAGACCCCUCCCGGGUCACCAAGAGCCUCAGCUAUGUCCUGGAGACGCUGGAGGGAGUUCAGACCCCAGUCCCACGGGGCACGGCUCUUGCCAUCAGCACUGCUGUGCACCGCCAGCUCUCUGAUGUGACCAAAGAGCCGGGCCCGGCCCAUAAGGCAGUGCUGUCCCGCUGUGUCGUGCUGCAGGCACAAAUGUACGCCGAGGAGACUGUCGCGUUUCUACGCUCCCAGCUGAGCGGUGGGAGUGAGGCCGGUCGCGUGGCAGCCGUGGGCCUGCUGGCAGUGCUGGUCCGCUCUGACGCACCUGCGACGAGAGAGAAGCUGCCCCAGGUGGUGGAGGCUGUGGGGUCAGUGUGCGAUGACCCCAGUGCCCAGGUGCGGAGGGCAGUUCUGGAGUUCAUCAGGGAGCUGCUCAGCUCUGUCGGCCAGAGCUGCUGGGCAUGGGAUGUGGUGGGGCACAUCUUCACGGAGUUCAGCCGGACCUCGGGCAGACUGGUGGCAGGAGGCCUUUUUCCCUGGGAAACCCAGGAGGAUGGAGCUCUUCGAGCCCUGUGCAUGGACAUCCUGGGCUCGCUGGAUGUCUCUCUGAGAGGGAUGACACGACUCCUGUGGCCGAGGCUGCUGCAGUAUGUCGUGCCAGCCCAGUACAGUGGCAUGCUGGUCCCGCUCUCCCACUGCCUCCAAGCCCUAGUUGAGAGACGGGAGAGAGCAGGGUGCAAGGAAGAAGAGGAGGAGCCAGAUGCCACAGAGUCCCAGGAGCAAGCCCAGCUGCCGGCUCCCCAGGCCCUCUUGGCUCGACUGCUGGUGGUGGCCGCAGCUCCUUACAGGAGUGGCGAACACGCAGUCGCUGCCUUGCAGCUGCUGCAGGCCCUCCACGGCAGGAUCCACCGAGCCUUGGGGGCGGUGUGGGCAACCGAGGUCCCCCUCCUGCUGCAGUACCUGGAAGGAAGAACUGAGAGCUCCCUGGACUCUGCAGAGUGGGAGCACCGUGUGCUUAAGUUCCUGCGAGCCUCACUGGAGCCCAUCGAGGACAAGGCGUGGACCGUGGGCCUGAGCCAGGAGCUGAGCCAGCAGCUGGGCAGCUCUGCCCCCAGCUCCUGGGAGAAGCUAUUCCUGCACAAGGCUCUUGGGACGGCGCUGGCAGGUUGUCAGGACCUCAGACACGUCCAAAGGCAGGUGCUGAGGUUCCUCCAGGAGACAAACCCUGUGGAGUUGUCUGAGGUCCAGGGAAUGAUUUCUGUUGUGGCCCGUGCUGCCGAGGAGCACUUCCACCUGGUUUUAGACACGGUGACCAUGUUCUCUGCUGCUCUCACCAGAGACUGGUUCUAUCAGACUUCCAUGGGCUGGAAGGUAAAGGAUCCAGGAUUUUGUUUGCCUUUCCUUUUUUUGGCCUUCUUUCCACUUCUACGGCUGCAGCAGGUACGGCAGCAGCACACUACGGAGCGAGCUCAGGCCACUUGCGCUGUUCUCAUGCGCACCUACAGCGGCAUCGCACGGCAUGCCCCCAAGGAGCAGCUGCUCAGCCACGUGGAUAAAGAAAUCAUGGGCAACAUCCUGCGGCUCUCCACAGCCAAACAGAGGGCAUCGCAGCUCAAGCUCGCCCUGGUGCAGAGCAUCACCGAGGUCAGCUGUGCCAUCCAGGCUGUGGGCGACUGCGGCAGCUUUGAGCUCUCCUUAAAGCAGGAGGCGACGCGGACCCUGCUGGACUGGAUAAAGCGGGAGCCCUGCGACUCCCUGGUCUAUGGAGUGUUUCAGGCCCUGGAGGAGUUGAGCAAGCUGCGGCCACCUCUGAGUAGGGAGGAAAGUCGCAAGCUGCUGUCAGUGUGCUGCCAGAGCGUCUUGUCCUGUCCUUCCAAGGCGCGGAUGAACAGGGGAAGGAAGACAGUGAGGGCAGCUGUGAACAUGCAGCUUCUGCACAGGAGAGGCUUGGAAGAUCUGGGCCAUCUCAUGGGAACCCUUCUGGAGGCAGAGGAGACCUCUGUCUGCUUUGACGACAUGGUCCACGUCCUGAAGGGCUGGCUCACCUCAGCCAAAGAAUGGGAGCGGGAGAGAGCCCUGCACGUUUGCGCCCACGUGCUGGGAGCUUGCAAGGAGCGAUUUGAGCUCAUGGCAGGACGUCCUUGCAAGCAGCUGGGCUCCCUGGUGGGACUGCUGGGGACUCUGACCAGCGACUGCCUGGCCACGUCCCACCAGAGGGCAUGGCUCUGCCUUGGCUACCUUCUCCAAAUGCAAGCCAAGACCAUGAAGGUGGUGCUUGAGGCAGAUGAGAUCAGGCGCCUUUGCGAGGAGCUGAACAGCCCAGACACCAACACUCUGGUGCAGGCCUCUACCAAAAUAGCAAAGGUGCCAAAAAUCCUGAACACCCUUUACACCUACAUGCAGCAGAGCACCCACAGGCCCUUCCUGCUCCACGCGGUGUUUCUCCUCACCAGAUUUCACCAGGAACCCACGAUCAGCAGUCUCCUCCAGAAGGGUCUGCCCAUGGACAGGGACACGGUGGAGCUGUGGAGGAGCCUGGGGAGAAGUACCCUUGGGAUUCAGGUCCUGAGGUGCUUAGUGGAGAAACUAAACAGAGCAGGAAACAACGUCCUGGGGACUGACUCCUCUGCUUGUGAGCGGUGCAACUCUCAGACCGCUCUGGAGGUUCUGACGAUCACCCAUGCCAUCUCCCAGGUGGUGCUUGCCCUGAGGAGCACAGAAGAGCUCAAGCAACUGCUUCCCCACAUCCUUCCCAGCCUCCUGAGGUGGGCCAGUGAAAUGCUGAGCAAGGAGAGGCUGCUUUGCCCUGUGAGCAGCUGGAGAAAGAUGUUCCUUGAGGGUCAGGUCCUUGAGGAGAAGCCCUGCAGGAUCUUCCUUUUAGCUACAGAGUUGGUGCUAGGCAAAUGCAUGGCGCAGAAAUGGAUGCAGCUGCUCGUGAAUAAGUCAGUGUGGGCUUGCCUGGAAGACCCCCUGCAUCACUCUGAGGGGGUGUAUCUCCUGAGCAGCGUCCUGCUCCGCGCUGGGCUCAUCUCCCCCUGUCUGGUGAGGAACCUCUUGCCGUGGCUGGACUUCUACUCAGUUAAGCUGCGCAUGCAAGCUACAGCUUGCCUUGCUGAGUCUCACUCUCUACCCUGCGUGUACAUGAACUGA